AUGCCUUCUAGUCUAGUUUUUAUCACUGGAGCAACUGGCUUCAUUGGAGCUUCAACUGCUUUAGCUGCACUCAACGCCGGCUACCGUCUCCGCAUCUCCGUUCGCAAGGAGUCACAAAUCGACAGCCUCAAUAACAUCUUUUCCGAUCAUGCAAAUAGUUUAGAGUUUGUCGUCGUUCCAGAUAUCACAGUACCUGGCGCAUUUUCUAAGGUUUUGGACAAUGUUGAGUAUAUCUUGCAUUUGGCUUCUCCGCUAGCUCAAUCUGCGGACAAAGAUAAGAUAUAUCGACCAGCAAUAGAAGGAACUCUAAACAUUUUGAGAGACGCAGCCAAGGUCCCAAGCAUCAAAAAAGUCGUCAUCACAUCCUCAAUCGCUGCUUUGACACCACUCGAUGGCCCUACGGAUGGGCUUGUAUUGAAAGAUACAUCCCUGGACCUGUCAGUAGAUAUCAAUCGAGACUACGAUGAGGGAAAUGAUUUCUUGACUGCUUUCAAGAUAUACCACGCCUCAAAACUUCUGGCCAAUCAAGCAAGUUGGGAGUUCUAUCGAAAAGAAAAUCCCGGCUUCGUACUCAUCACUAUUCACCCCUCUCUGGUGUAUGGGCAUAGUUUGAUCCAAAAGUCGGCCGAGGAAAUUCAGGGGAGCACUAAUGGUAUCUUGUUUGGCAGCAUUAUGAACGGUGCGCAGUCGGAUGGUCCCCUUAUUUCUGUGUAUGUCGGAGAUGUGGCAGAUGCGCAUGUGAAAGCUCUGAAUCCGGCUCUCGAUUCUAGCUCAAGUUAUUUAGUCUCCGGACAGCCAAUGACUUGGAAAGAUGUUGUUGAUGUUCUACAAAAGGAUUACCCUACAGUGCCUCACAAGCUUGAACCGAGCACAAAUCCUAAGGUGGCAAAAACCGAUACUUCGAAGGCAGAGAAAGAACUUGGUCUUCGAUGGGCCAAGCCAGAGACAAUCAUCAAAGAAGUCAUGGACCAGCAAUUGGGAUUUCUCAAGCACAGUUCUUCGUGA